GUUUGUGCAAAUACCCGUAGAAGCAAAUGUUUGAAUUAUUAUGUAAAUAGUAUUAUUUGUGUCACAGAGAGGAUAAUUUGAUAUUACAAGGCUAAGGAAUUGAUUUAAUAGCCCUGAUAAGAGAUGCCUCUCCAUACACCCGUCAAGUCCCCGAACAUCGACAAGUUAUUUCAUUACCUUCAAAAGUCCCAAUGGCACAACGUGUCGGCCAAUUUUUCCGGCUUCGUCCGCAAGGAAUACGAGUCCAAUCUGGAGAAGCUAGAGGACGAUGAAACUGCAUUCAGGAACUUGAAAUUGAUGAUCGAGUAUGCUGAAAUGGGAAGAUUUAGUGAGGCGAAGAAUUUGAUCGAUGCCUCCUUCAAAGAGUACACGUCCAUGUUACAGCGGAUGGAAGAGAUUCAGAUGAUGAAGUCGCCUCGGUACAAGGGGAGCUACUCUGACCGCUCCAUGGGAGAACGGCCCGCGUCCAAUCGGCGUCAGGAAGUAUACAGCCCUGAUAAGCGACCACCGCCUGCCACCCCGAAGAACAACCCUGGGUAUUUGUCGCCAGCAAAAAAUCCACAGAAUAUGCCUGAUCCACGCAAUUAUCCACCUAAUGAAACUAACUCAUUUCCGCAAUAUCCACAAGAGCCACCCAAUGUAUACGACCCGCACAAGGACAAUUUUGACAGCCUACGUCUAAAAUCGCCAGAGAAACCUUACCUGUCAUCGUCAAAAGAUACCGUUAACAACAAUCGUCCAAGCAGCAAAGACAGCAGCCGUAGCAAGGCCAGUUCGAAGCGUUCAGAUGCUGGCGUGUACCAGGCAGGAUCUCAGAUGGCCUCCUCGAAGGAUCUCUGGGGCCGAGACCACGGCGACAAGCCGAGUGAGAAGAUCGGAAGCAGCACCUACAGACAGUCCUAUCCGACGUACCCUGUUGAUAACCAUGAACGCCAGGAUCGAGAAAAGUACAGACAAAACUUCAAUUCUCUCGCUGAAAGGGAUAUAUACAGAGGGGGUGAUGAUAUCCAUCUUGAGAAGGAAGAACCAAGGAGAUCUGGUCUGGGUGUUGCACGACAUGGGCACGUGGAAACGCCGGAUUUCGAUCAAAGACCAAGCGAACUUGCACGAAGGUUUAAAGAGCUGUAUAGCAACGAAUGGACGGAUGCUUAUGAUGAGAUUUGUAAAGACUUCGGCUCGGAGAAAACUGUAAGGCAUCUGCUGUGGAUUGUAACGGAGGCAUGGCUUAUCGCCAUUGACGUUGCUGAUAAACAGUUAAAGGACCUUGAAAAGGCUGCACUAGGGCUCAUGUCCGCACCCGGCACGGAACAUCUUGGCGGGUACAUGCCCAGGAAUUUAGGUGACACGAUUCCGGCAUCACGUCCUCUACUAUUGAAAUACAGAAAGCAAACAGCGCUGCUGUCUAUCCCAUAUGUCAAGGAGGAAUGUCGUGAUAAAAUUUCGCGCACCCUGAUUGAGUCGUCGGGCUUUCCGAAAACCUACCUUGGCGACGCCUCCAGGGUAACGAUCUACAUUUACAAGUGCGCGGAGCUUACGUGGCUGAUGUGCGUGCAAGACCCAUCCAUUGUGCUGGAAUACAUCACCAAGGAGACCGAGGGCGCGCGCUUCAACUUCGAUCACUACAACGUGUACACGAAAUCAGGAACCACGUACGACUAUGGCGUUUGGCCGAUGCUUCGGCUAGGAAAACGGGGGCAGAUACUUUCGAAGGGAAUCGCUCAGGGUAUCUAAUGAGCGGUUUAUGUUGAGUUCAUACGCCAUGAAAGUUUUUAAUGAGAAAGCCUCAGUGAAACAACCUGGUGUACGUAUAAAGUUUUAAUUGUAUAUCGACAUGGUAUAGACUGAUAAUACAUUUGGAUUGUAAAAGCCUUGCCACUAUUCAUGCUUCUAAUGUGAAUUAGUUGACAUUCGAAAAAGUUAAACGAGUGUGAACGCUUCUGAGAAAGAAAGAGUUUUUUAUAUUAAGAUCAUAUGUUUUAUUUAAAAGCACUUUGUAUUAUAAUGGUGUGUAGUAAGAUGGAUUUGGACCAUUUAGAGAACUUCGUGCACCGCAUAACUAUUUAUCAUAACGCUAUUAUUUUUAAGAGUGUGUUUGUUUCUUUUAUUGAUGAAUAAACUUGUAUGAAGCGCACGUAGUUAUUGAAGAACGUUAUGAAAGGAGAUUUUGGCAAUAUAAGUAUGUGUGCAAAUGUUUUAAAAUGGUAAAACCUAUGUUGACAGAGUGUAAGACUAUAGUUUUGUUUUAUUAAUAUAUGUUCCUUCAUGUAUAUAUGUUUUUAUUUAUAAGAAUCAUCAAGCAUUGUUUCUGUGAUGUAUUCGUGAUAAACAAUGUACUUGUAGAUCUGUUACCGUGUGUUAUGAGCAAUAACUGUAUCUGCUUAUUUUUUGUCAUCAAACUAUUUGGCUGUGAUAUAGAAUAUUAUUUGCAAAGUUAUAGAAUAUAAUUAGUAAAUGU